AUGGCGCCCGCCUCCGUGGCGGCUUGCCGAAGUGUGCUUGCCUUCGAGAACUACGACUGGUACGAGGGCAUGGGCCAAGAGGACACCGACCACUUCACCUCCAUGGCGUGGACAAAUGAUAAGGGGAGCUGCUACUUCGGGAUCCGCCCUGCUGACGCCGGCGAUAUCGCCAAGUACAAGGAGUUCGUCAUCGGCGGAACGGAUCUGCGCGACCUAUUGUCGACGCUGGCGGGGUUCGCCGAGGACGACACUACCUCGACCGUCACGCGUAGCGGUACGAUGCAUUGUAACGUCCACGACGACAAGGGCAUCUAUAAGGAUGCUAGCUACAAUAUUCGAUGGGGCGUAUACAACUGCACCGAACUCGAUGCGAAGGGAAAUUGA